GCAAGCUCCGUCUAUAAAAUCUCAACUACCUAUAGAAGGUCUCAAUAGAGAAGAACCACAGUACGAGCUAGCUAUGAAGAGAACCCAUUUCUCAUUCAUGGAAGAAAACCCUAACCCUAACAAUAAUCUUAUUCACGUGAGCAACCAACAGAAUCCUGCAUUUUCCUGGAAAAGAAACAAACACAGCGACCCAAACAAUCUUGUGGGAUUACAAAACAUGCAGGCUGUUGACUUACAAGUUAGUAAUCCUCAGACGGGCAACUCGGGACGUGAGAGACUAAAGAGGCACCAGGAGGAGGUGGCCGGCCACGUAGUGAUACCGGAUUCGUGGGGUCAGGAGGAGUUGCUCAAGGAUUGGAUCGACUACUCUCCUUUUGAUGCGUUGUUGGUGCCAAAAGGUCUCACUUCGGCUCGUGAAGCACUUGCUAUGGAAGGACGUCGAGCAACUACUUCCCAAGAAGUACUGAGGAUAGAGAGUGCGGUCACUAUCGGAGACUCCGACUUUCCUAGUUCGAACGGCCGCGACCUCACGAGUAUCUAUAAGUAGGAUUCAUGGCAAAUGUUGGUAUAGGAGUUACUUCCGAUGGUAUAACUCUUAUUUUACUUUUACUAUAUCUUACUUAUGCUCUGAUAUCACUUGUGAAUUGGGUUCAAUCCAGCUCACAUGCGUACUCUUGCAUUUAGUUCAUUCACAUUUUCCACCUCCCUACACUUUAUGGCAUCGUCACCUUCCCGGUAUCGACCAACAUAGCUCGAUUCGAAGUCCAGUGGACAUUCCGGGUCGGGAUAUGUCAGUUUAUGUGAUUAUAGU